GGGUGGAGGGGAGUCAGAGCCCUUUUAUAGAUGCUCACGCAAACACCCUGACCAUUAGUGCAGAAACACACACACAGCCUUCAAGACGCGAACAUCAUGGGUCCGCGAACACUCUCCUGCCUGCUGGUGAUGGCAUUCUUGGUGCCUGCCGCCUUCGCUGAGAGUACCUGCCUGGGCACGGACCCCUGUAAGGCAGACUGCACGAACUGUUCCCCAAAUGAAAAGGUUCCUGACCCCGAGGACUGCCGCGGUUACUACAUGUGCAUUGAUGGUACGGCUGAAGACAAUUACUACCCCUUACCCUUCGACUGUGAUGACGGUGAAGUGUUCAAUUUCACCGAACACGACUGUGUGAAGGGAGAUUCCUGCGAGCCCUGCGGUACAACAGUGUCGGACUGUUCGUACGAGUGUCCCGCCGCAACAACUACGACUGCCCCGUUAUUCGAUGCCAUUGAGACUGACCCUGUGAGCAUCCCUUCCUUCUAUGACUGCAACAGCUACUACACAUGCGGCGAUGAUGGUCAGCCCGACGGAUCCGGGACCUGUGAACCUGAAACUCCAUUCUUCGACGGCGAGAAAUGCCAGACUGAUGAGACGAAGUGCUGCCAUUGUCACGCGUACUGCCCAAAGGAUGGCGACCCGGGUGUCAUUGCCGACCCACUGGACUGCCGCGGGUACUACCUCUGCACUGGCGACGAUGCGGGGGCGGUGCCAACCACUCACGGCAAAUGUAAUGACGGGGAGUAUUUUGACACGAUUUUGGGUAAAUGCUCCGCCUCCAUCCCUUGUAUGACACAGUGCACGAAUGUGAUAGGUGCUGACGGCUGCAUUGAGCCCUUCACCUGCCUGGAGAUCGGGUACUUUGCCAGGUGUCCGUUGGCUAAGCAGUGCACCCCAGAUUACUACCACUGCACAGAAGCUACCGGGGCGUACCAGGAGGCUCUGUCCUGUGGCAGCGGAACAGUCUUCCACCCUGACAGUCACAACUGCGUCCCCAGUGAUAGAUGUCCCUAGGAGAGAGAGAGAGAGAGAGAGAGAGAGAGAGAGAGAGAGAGAGAGAGAGAGAGAGAGAGAGAGAGAGAGAGAGAGAGAGAGAGAGAGAGAGAGAG